GAUGCACCAGCAACAUACAACCACAUAGUAACAUGAAGAAUAUAUGAUUUAAAAAUUGCAAUAAAUGGAGAAACAUAUAUAUCAAUUAGAAUCUUAACUUGGUGUAGCAAAUCAAGAGAUCUCAAAUCUUAAAUAAUAAAAAACAUAAUUAUAACAAUAGUUAAAUGAUAUAUAAAUUAAUUCAGUUGGACAAGAGUUUACUGAAGCUAUUGUAAAUUAUAUUAAAUAAUUUAAGAGUAAAUCAUCAGUGGAUAGAGUUUUAUAAAGAAAAGAUAAAAGUGUAAAUAAGGUAAAGAAGCAACCUGGAGCAUUAAAAUUAGAUCUUCUUAAUUAGAUAUUUACUGAAUAUCCAAACUUAGUUAGACCAAUUAUACAUAUAAAGUUAACAGAUGAGGACUUUAAUUGA